UGCUCUCGAGCGCAAGGCCGGCCGAUGCCGGGAUGGCAAUCUCGCGAAUUGGAUCAGCGAGGCGGUGGCUGCGCCGAGGGAAGAAAUUCGGCUUCCUGAUAUGCUAGGCGAAAAGUUGGCCAUUGCCAGUGCAGGCAAGGUCAGCCAAGGUGGUGUACCAAGAAACCGAGGAAGAAAGAAGUGGAGGGCCGGUGUUGGCGCGCUUGGUGGUGGGGCCUUCGACCCAGGUACCCCAGGUGCGCCCACCAGAGUCACAUCCAGACGCAGUCUCGUCCAGGACACCACGCUCUCGCCUGCCUCCGCCUCCUCAAGUGCACCAAACCCAAUCCACUGCUUGGCCGAAACUACCGAGUCAGGUGGCUAAAUUCGGCGAUUGGUUGGUGCAGUGUCGAGGCCGGCUCGGAAAGUGCUCCUCGCACCUCUUUUUAUUCACCACGCAGGCGAAAUCAAACAGGUGCAAUGGCGCAAAUAGUGAAGGAAGUCAUCGACUACGGCCUCAACUACUGGGACUCCAUCAGUGAUCCCAGGACGAGCAAAUGGCCCUUGAUGUCGAGUCCCUUCCCCACCCUGUUGAUGGUGGCUGGAUACCUGUACACGGUGCUCAUCCUAGGACCCACCUUGAUGGACAACAGAAAGCCUUUCAAGCUCAGAGAGGUGCUAAUCGUGUACAACGCUGCUCAGGUCAUUUACAGUGCAGCCAUGUUCUACGAGCACUUGAUGAGCGGAUGGCUAUUUGACUACAGCUACUCUUGUCAACCCGUCGACUACAGUCUCAGUCCAGUGGCAAUGAGGAUGGCUCACCUCUGCUGGUGGUACUAUAUUUCCAAACUAACCGAAUUCCUGGAUACCCUCUUCUUCGUUAUGCGCAAAAAGAACAACCAAAUCUCGUUGUUGCACGUUUACCACCACUCGAUGACUCCAAUCAUGACUUGGGUUCUUGUCAGAUUCCUCGCAGGCGGUCAUGGAACCUUCUCAAACCUGAUCAACAACUUGGUGCAUGUGGUCAUGUACUUCUACUACAUGAUGACUGCAAUGGGCCCUCAGUACCAGAAAUACAUUUGGUGGAAGAAGCACCUCACCACUGUUCAGUUGGUGCAGUUCCUGAUGGUGUUCGUGCAUUCGGCGAACGCACUCUUCUCGGACUGCAGCUACCCUAAGCUGAUCUCGGCCUUCCUGGUGGUGCACUCUUGCAUCUUCUUCGGCCUCUUCCUCGACUUCUACAUCAAGGCGUACCGCCGCGACAAGAGCCGCAAGGGCAGCGGCGGCCUGGACAGCAGCCUCAAGGGCGGCCACAACGCACCCACCCUGCAACUGGCCCCGCUGCUCACCCCGGCGGCCGAGGGCCCAACCCCCAAGACCAAGACUCAGUGAGCCUGCGCGCCGCCCCCUCCUCCGCCCCCGCCGCGCCUCGUGAUAGCAAAAUAUAUGCACAUACAACGCCUCCGCCCUCGCCCCCCCUCCCUCCCGUGUACAUAUUUUCACAUUUUUCCACCCUCAUUACGCGCUGUAAUUAUACCUAUGGCACGAGCGGCCGGCCGCGGCUCUUACUUAAUUUUCUCGGGCCGCGCCGAGAAUACUUGCGUCAAGUGCCAGUGUUUGUGAUUCAAACCUCCCUUUAUUACUUUUAAUUUAUACACACGCGCGAGCGCAAGUCUUCCCCCCGGUGGAGUAAGACUUUUAUUCUCACAACCCUCCAUUGUCGCUUGGAACACUUCAUCAUUGCAUUUUAGGCUCCUGCGCGAGCCAGAAAAGCCAGCAGCAGGCAGGUCGCCUCUUGCCCCAACGAGGAAUUGAGCCCUUAUUUUAAUUUUAAAAAUAAUUUGCGACUUUGAACUAGUUUAAGAGUUUUAUACACAGAUCUUGUUCAAAUUUAGUAUUAAGGAUUAAGCGCACCUGCUUGGACCUGAAAGCACUGCUUUCAGGCUCAAAAGCACGGGAUUAUAUUCAGGAUUUUGUUUUAAAACUUUUGCAUAUAAUAUUGGCCGUGCACGGCAAAUCCAAAAUUCAUUUGUCUGCAGUGCAGAUUUUUCGUAAACUUUGGUGUGCACGCCACUUUACUCAUGUGUUUAAGGGAAAACUGAUAAUUUGCUCAUUUCAUAAGUGUGUAGAUAGCCCAGAAAAUGCACGAGCUGCUGGACAGGCUACAAAACUGCCGAAUGGUGCACUUUAAGGCAGAAAAUUUCCGUAAAAAUUGCCCACAUUGUAUGUAAAGGAAUACUUAAUCAGCAAAUAAAGAGCUUAAACCUAUA